ACCUGUUCUGCGAUUUCGUUUUAAGGGCAUACACUAGAUCGCACUUGUAUGAACCAUUUCACAACUAAAUUUACUUAUCGUCAUCUGGGACCCACAGUAACCCACAGCAGCUAAACGGCGAGGUGGUUACCUCGUCUCACCAGUUGGCAGUCUCUCUACCUGGAACAAUUUCCUUUCACAAGUAAAAGUACUCGUACAGCGAAUGGGCAGCGAAAACGAUGCACAAAUAGGAUACGGUAGACGCAGUGCGUCAUUAUCGAGCAGCAGAGAGUCCUCCCCCGCUGCUAAACGACAGAAACGGUCUUUCACACCAAAUUCUGACGAUGGGACCCUCGUAGUCCCUGCACAAGUCGAAAGUAAUGCGGAUACAUCUUCCAGAGAUGGUACCCCAGCGCCAUUGAUUCGCCAGGCAGUUGGAUUCUCAUGGCAGCCGUCUGUGCUCCCCAUUGCAACUGUCAACACCUACCAAGCUGUCCUCCCCUCAAAUCCAAAUGCAAUACAAUUUCUCCCAGGACAGGCGCUACCUAAGAAAAAGAAAAGGAGAGCCAAACCGGAGUACUCCGCUCAGACGAGCCGGUUUAGACUCUCUCAGGUACCCGAGCCCACACCAGCACACACACCAGAACCCUUAACACAGCCCACACUAUAUACUGGCGGAGGUCCGUAUUCCUCGAUGUAUCGUAUCAGCAAUGCUGCAUCGCCUAGCGCUAGUAUCACCAUGUCUACCCCUUCAGUUGCCGAUGGCGCGUCACCUGGGGAAGCUCAUUCCUCGGCCGCGUCUUCCACAAUAGUGUCCGGUCCACGCAGUCCGUAUCAUGCGGUACCGGGGGCAUACAAUAACAUAGGUUCAAGUCGUAGUCGCGCCCCGGGCCAAAUUGGCGGACCUGUCACUCCUGCCAAGAGUAAACAGAAUAAGAAAUCAACUGGGCAACGCACCGCUCAGGGCCUUGGUUCUUUAGCUCAGUCAUCAGCCUCUAGCCGCCAACUUCAACCGCCUCCUUCCAAUAUGCAUUACCCACGCCCAGGAGCACAUUACCGUCGCGAUUAUGAAGCAAACCUAGAUUCACGCUCAUCCUCCACAAGUGCAGUAUCUCCUCAAGAAACUGCGCGACCGGCUUUUUCUGUACAAGAACGAUCGGUAGCACCUCCACCCUCUGGAGGACCAGCGCGACCUCUUCGGAUGUUAACGCUCCUCAUCGAGGAUGUCAGAAGUGGAGUCCCAGAUCCCCAGCUUGCAGAGAUCAAAGUGGUUCUUCGGCCAGGGGAAGACCCAGACGGUGGUUUCUGGGCAAAUGCAAAAGAGGUCUGUGAAACUUUGCAAGCUGGACCGUCACGGAUAGAUGGUCCUGCGAGGGUGUACACCCUUCGUGGAAAAUAUCGCCAGUUCUUCAUGCGUGUGGAUGCUGAUAACGUCCUCGAAGCCGAAUCGUGCAAUCUUGGUGUGAGCAAAGAGCGCACACUUGAAGUCGUCGUCGAAGCUCCUGUCCCAAAAGGUCGAUUACCUCCACCUCCCCGGCUUCCCCUUGAACUGCCACAGAUGUCUAGCUCUGACUCCGAUAAUGCCGUGUCACCCCCUCGACAGCAAAUGUCGAGACAGCCAAUGUAUUCAGGCGUCACACGUGAUACGCGCAUCGAUUUGUUGUCACAAAGUGAUUACUGCCCCAAAAAGAGAAAACGACCCUCCCAAAGCCAUUCAUUACCUCAAAAUAAAGCACCACGAAGUUCGGUCCAGAAGACUCCUUCUCCUAGUCGCACGCCGCAUCGAGCGAGACAAUCGAGGCAUGGAGACCAAGAAAGCUCCUCAUCUGAUGGAGACGGUAUACGAGAAAUAUCGCCCCCCAUUCCUGGGCGCCAUGCUGAGACAGUGGAUGAGAGGGAUGAUGCGAUUGCCAAUUUCAUUCGAUCGGACAUAGAGGGCGACAAGGAAUGGCCUCGAUGCAUGUCGAUCAUCUCUCAUGGAGGCCCAAAGCGCGUUUCUGACGUCCUGUGGUCCUUGAAUUACGUCGAAAACAGAGUUAAGGAACACGAAGAUAGGAAAACGCCAUCACACUGGGAUGGCGCACCGAACUCCAGGGUUGAGAGACGACAUGUUUGGCGUGUUUUGAACCUCAGUCUCGAAUGGGGAGAGGAGUGUCGAACUGUUCUCACUCUUGUCGGCCAUUACGGCAAGUAUGGGCGCAGGUAUCAGGAUCCGCAUGUCAUGAACGAGAUUGACAGUACGGCCGCUCCUACAGAGAAGACUUGGAAACGGUUUGUUAAACUACUGCACUCGGUUGAUGCGCAGUAUUUGUCCAGUCGAUCAAUGGAAAAUAUGUGAACUUAGGCUGUUCACCUCUUAUAUUUGCACUACAUCAUCACUUCAUGAUAAUUCCCGCUCGUACUCUCAAUGCGCGCCCGUACAAAUACAUCAAAAUAAUAAUACAUAUAUGUUUUCUUACUAUGGCAGAGCAAUAUUAUUGACAUGGCCACGA